CCGCAACAGCGACCGCCCUGCACGCCUCCUCCCUGCGGGGCGGAAUGCGCCUGCGCAGAGACGAUGCGGCCGGGCUCGGCCCCCGCUGCGGCGCUGACGGACGUGGACCCUAGGUAACUCUGGAAGCCAUGGACAUACUCUUCAGAAUAAGAGGUGGCUUGGAUUUGGCGUUUCAGCUAGCAACUACUGAUGAAGCAUCAGCAAAAAGUGCAUUGAAAUACGUUUUCAGUGAUCUUGCAAAUAAGCUGUCCUCAGAUGUUCUUGUAUUAAGAGUUUGCCACAGUUCAGUCUAUGUGUGGCCCAACAAUGGUAUCAACACUAUUCCAGAGCUGACUGAUGAUUCUGCUUGCAAGGAGAUAAAACGAUUUAUACACUUUGAUCAGGAUGAUGAGACCCGACGAAAGCUUGGCAAGAAAAAGGAUAAAAAGCUACAAGACAUGCAGCAGGUAAUCAAUAUUGACCUCAUGUUAGAGAUGACAUCUUCAUUAGAUGCUUUGGCUCCAGUCAUCGAAAGAGAAAAUAAGGAGCACCACUACGUUAAUAUGACAUUGCCAGUUGAUGUUGUUGUUUCUGUUUCUCCAGAAGAAACGUGGGGAAAGGUACAAAAUCUCCUGGUGAAAGCAAUUCACAAGCAAUUAACUGAUAUGGAAAGAUGCAUCAUGAAAUACAUGAAGGGAACAUCAAUUGUGGUACCAGAGCAGUUUCAUUUCAUGUUACCAGGAAAAAAUCACCUGGUAACAAUUUCCUACCCUACAGGUAUUUCAGAUGAUCAGCUGGAAAGUUAUAGAAAGGAAUUGCAUGAGUUGUUCAACCUGCCGUGUGACAGACCGUAUUUCAAGAGAGCAAACGCUUACCAUUUUCCAGAUGAACCAUAUAAAGAUGGCUAUCUCAGAAAUCCACAUUCACAUCUUAAUUCACCUGGUCCUGAGUCUGGUGUGGUUUAUUUGGUGCAUGGCACAUACAGUUACCAUCACUAUAUGCAAGAUCGGAUUGAUGACAGCGGCUGGGGCUGCGCUUAUCGGUCUUUGCAGACCAUCUGUUCUUGGUUCAAGCAGCAAGGUUACGUUGAUGCACCUAUACCAACACACAAGGAAAUUCAGCAGGCCCUGGUGGAUGCUGGAGACAAACCUGCAGCAUUUGUUGGGUCACGGCAAUGGAUUGGUUCAAUUGAGGUGCAGCUUGUUUUGAAUCAACUCUUCGGAAUAACGUCAAAAAUACUAUUUGUCAGCCAGGGUUCUGAACUCGCUUUGCAGGGAAGAGAACUUGCUAAUCAUUUCAAGACUGAAGGAACACCAGUUAUGAUUGGUGGAGGUGUUUUGGCUCACACAAUACUAGGAGUGGCGUGGAAUGAAAUAACAGGGCAUAUAAAAUAUUUGAUUCUAGACCCACAUUACACUGGAGGAGAAGACCUGCAUGUUAUUUUGGAAAAGGGCUGGUGUGGUUGGAAGGGCCCGGACUUCUGGAGCAAGGAUGCCUAUUAUAACCUGUGCCUACCUCAACGACCAAAAACUAUUUAAAUCCCAGUCUUAUGCAAGAACAUGCUUAGCCAGAGUACUAGCAGGCCUAGAAGUAACUGUCUUUUUAGUUAGCAGACUAAUACUUUAAAUUGAUCAAAACCCAGCUGAAAUAGAAAUGUUAUAAUUUAAAUCAAGACAUUUGUGUUUUUUUUUUUUUUUAUGAAACCUCAAAGAAUAAGAGAGUUUUCUGCUGUGAAUGCAUUUUUUUUUACAAAGUAACUACUACUCUUUCCUUCCUUUUGGCUAAGAUAACUUUGUUUAUAUAACAAUUUUAUUAUGCUUAAAAGCUUUAGAAGUUAAAUGUCUGAUCCUGUUAUUUUAUGAAAUUCUUUCCUGCUGAAAAAAAUUGUACUCUUACCUUUCAUUUUCUGUAGAGCCAGGUGGAUUUCACAGUAUGAGUCUAUUCAAAGCCAUUCAUUGCGCUCACUGUUGAUAAUGGUAUUUUAGAUGAGGAUUAAGGAAAAAAAAUAAUUCUGUAUGAACUGAAUUUUAUGAACUUUUGCUCUCAUUUACUCAGGAAAAGUAUGGGAGACUUAAUUAUUAUAUGCUUAUUUGUUAAAAGCUGUAUGAAUACAAACAUUGUAGGAAAAAGCAAAACAGUGGUCUUCUGUUAGAA